AUGGUCAAAAGUUUCUACCAUAAACCAGACGCUUCAUUAGAACAGAAGGUUAUCAGUAAUCGCCACAAGUUCAUGAAUUUACUACAGAAUAAAUCUGUGGUUUUUUUCAUCUCAACACCUUCACAUAGCAAUGUUUCCCAAUACGCUGAACUACUUCACAAUAUCUCAACAAAAAAUUAUGCGUAUGAUACUCAAUGGAAUUCUCUAUUGCGGAAGUAUGAUGCUGAAAACCUUAAAGAUUGUAUUUUUUGCAUUCUAAUCACAGAUGUUCCUGAUUGGAAUUCUGUUACCGACUGGAGGAGAGACAUGGUUCUGGCUUCUGAAUUGCUACCAACAUGUAUACCUUUGAAAGAUCCUUUGAAAUUCAGCUUCGUUUCUGACCUCAAUGCAUGUUCUUAUUUUCCAACGGAUUUUGACUUCAAAGACAUUGCGUUUGCCAGUGGUUGCUCCACCUCGGUUGUCAUAGACGUCAAUGAUAUAGAAGAUCUCACGAGGUGUACUCAAAAUAUCAGAACCCCCAAUCUGUUUAUUACAGUAGACGAGGAUUGUAAUCCAACGAUUGCUCAUACAACAGGAAACAAUGAUAUGUUGCUCUUAAUGGAUCUUACAUUAGCGACAUCGGUAGUGUUUAGGGAUGACUUCGGGACUGAAGAUAUGAAAUUGCCUAUAAUUAUUCGUGCGGAUACCGAAAGUAAAGAUGCGAUAAAAGAAUUCAUAGGCGCAGGAAAUGUGAUGCCAAGAGUUUCUGGAUUUGAAAUACCGUUGAAUUUAGCACAUCUCCCCUCUGUUUUACCGGGCACAUCAUAUUCCUAUCGGUCCGACACAGAAACAGAGUACACAUAUUCCAACUGCCAACCCAAAAUGAACAAAGAGAAAACAAAUUGGCUUUCCUCCUUAUUUGGUAUCAGAAGAGAUGGUACCGUUCAACAACCCUUAGCCAAUACUUCUCUUGAAGAAUUAGAACAGUUUUUGAACUUAGUCUUUGAAUUAAAUAACCUUCUUACAUAA